GCGGAAAUAGGCUUCCAAGACCGGACGUGGUUGUCGGGCAAACAUGGCGUCGGCGGUGCUGGCGCUGUGGACGCGAGCAGCCGUUACAGCUCUGAUUAGUCCCAGUCCGACUACAGCUCUUGCUGUUAGAUACGCAUCCAAGAAGACAGGUGGUAGCUCCAAAAACCUCGGUGGAAAAUCACCAGGCAGACGCUUUGGCAUCAAGAAAUGGGAAGGUCAUUAUGUUCAUGCUGGCAACAUCAUUGGGACUCAGCGCCAUUUCCGCUGGCACCCAGGUGCUCAUGUGGGGCUGGGGAAGAAGAAGUACCUGUAUGCCCUGGAAGAAGGGAUAGUCCGCUACACUAAAGAGGUGUAUGUGCCCAACCCCAACAACGUGGAGGCUGUGGAUAUGAUCACCAGGCUGCCCAAGGGUGCUGUGCUCUACAAGACUUUUGUCCAUGUGGUUCCUGCCAAACCUGAGGGGACCUUCAAACUGGUAGCCAUGCUCUGAAGUCCUGGGGCCUGUAGACAGAGACUGGAGCCCAGGUGACAGGAGAGUGUGACAUCAGAAGUCAAGGGUUAAGGUGACAAGGCCUCCAAGGAAGAAGUCUGCUGGAUGGUGGUUGUCAGGGACUCUGCAAUGCUGGGAAACUGUAGGAGGUCUGAAGCUAAAUAAAGCUGGCUAGAGUCCCAGUGUGCAUUGGGGACAAACCUA